CGAGGACGGUUGGCGGUUGACAACCAGCCGGUGGCGGGACUGGGGGGAGUCAUGGAGCUGGCCUGAUAUUCACGCCCGGGAUCAAGAAUCAAGUAUAAUGACCACCCCAAGUAAAACUCCGCCUGGAGAAGAUCCAAAACAGUUGGAAAGAACUGGCACAGUGCGUGAGAUAGGUUCACAGGCUGUUUGGUCCCUAUCUUCUUGUAAACCAGGUUUUGGUGUGGAUCAGUUACGUGAUGAUAAUCUGGAAACAUAUUGGCAGUCAGAUGGAUCUCAGCCUCAUCUCGUUAACAUCCAGUUUCGCCGGAAAACAACUGUGAAAACCCUAUGUAUUUAUGCAGACUACAAAUCAGAUGAAAGCUAUACUCCAAGCAAGGUCUCUGUCAGAGUGGGAAACAACUUCCAUGACCUCAAAGAAAUGCGGGUGUUUGGAAGAAGCAUGUGAACAGGAAUACUUGAGUGCACCGGAGACAAUGAGGAUUGAAAAACUCACAAGCAGUAUUUGCUUGAUGUAACUGAGCAACAUUGAAGCUCAGGGGAAAAAGGACUGACUCUGAGGAAAUGUACAUACAGGAAAAGAGGGUGAUAAACCAGAAUAGGAGCAUGCAUUGAAACUGGAAUUUUGCAGUAACUUACCUCCUGAUUUUCUGAACUCCACAUGCCAUCUACAAGGUGCAAGUCAGCAUUGUAAUGGAGUACUCUAUACUUAUCUGGAUGAGGACAGCUCCAAAACAAUGAAAUAAAGUUGAUACUGCUUAGAACAA